AUGGGCCAGAGCCUCACCGGCCAAAGUGGCAUCAAAGAGGAGCUGCCAACAUUACACAUCCUCGCCUUUUGUGACUGGGCGCAUCGCGCAGCCGCACCUGAGAUUUGCCAUGGGCUGCGGGGAGCACUGGGCUUUCAAGGCAGUGUGGGGCCUGAUUCAGAAGGAGAAGGAUACUGGCGCUUCCUUUGCGAGCGCCUUGCAGAGGAGUCAGAGGUGUAUGUGCCCUGCCUUGAUGGAGUCGCCGAGAGUUACCAGUCCCUUUUCAAGGAGCUAUACUUGCAGUCCAUGAAAGACAGCCGCAGAGCAGCUGCACUGGCUUGCGCCAAGAGAGAUGGCACGGAACCGGAUAUCACGAGCGGCCUCCAUGACGUCGAGGCUGAGGAAUUCAAGAUCGGUGUUGCCGCACGAUUGCGACCUGCAGAUGCCAAAGAUGCUUCGGAGGAGGAGGGUGUUGUGUUGCCCUUGCACCAGAAGGUGCAACUGGUGAAGAAGCAGCUGGGAUGCUCAUCGAAAGAAGCUUUGAGCCUCAUCAUGCGGAAGCAGCAACGUUUGAAGAACGGUGGCAAAGAUCCUAUACCUGCAGAGCUUCAGGGUUGCAUCUUCCAGCCUUGUCGGCACCCUGGCUAUGCAAACAAGGAGAAUGUCCCGACAGCCGCUGGUGAGGUCAAUCAGAAGACAGCUGCGGACGAUGAGGAGGACAUGGCAGAUGCUCGCUGUUCGAUCUUGUCGGUCCAAGAGGAGAAAGCGUCUUUGCUCGCCCUCACCAAGCAGAGCGGGCUUCGCGAGUACACGUUUGAUCGCGUCUUCGGUGAGCGAUCUGCACAGGCAGACGUCUUCACAGGAUCGGCACGGCGCCUGGUAAUGGAGUUUCUGAACGGCACGAGUGCAAGCAUCAUCUGCUACGGGCAGACAGCGAGCGGCAAGACCCACACAAUGUUCGGGCCGCCACAGAAUUUGCUGGCCGCAACAUCGUCAGACUUACAGGGUUUGGUGCCCAGAACCUGCGCCGAGGUCUUGCAGACAGUGGAGACCUGGCGCCAGCGAGGUGUUGAGGUCCACCUGUCUGCAAGCUAUGUCGAGCUGUUCGGCAGUGAGGUCUCGGAUCUCCUGCGUGAGGGCCAGGUUGUGGGACAAGGCCGGCAAGGCCGCUAUGCAGCAGUCCGUGCCACCGACCGCGUUGGGCACAGGUAUGUCCUGGAUGGCCACACAGAGUACCACAUCGAGUCUCUGGAAGAAGUUUAUGAGCUUCUGCAGCAAGGCGAAGUGGCAAAGCGCCGUGCCGCCACAGCGAUGAACGAGAGGUCCACUCGAGCUCACACUGUUUUUGUCCUCUCCCUGUCGGUGCAGCGGCGAACCUACGAAGGCAGCCUGCAGCUGCCAGCUCGGAGGAGCCGUUUCUACUUUGCGGACCUUGGCGGGUCCGAGCAGCUGUCAAAGAGUAAGGUCGAAGCAGCUAAGGCCAAAGUCACGGUUGUCGGCGGCGAAGAGCAGUGA